AACAAUGUCGCUUCGACUCUUCGCUUUCGUCACUAUUUUGUCCGUGGCACUCGGUUACGUGCAGGAGUGGACGUUCUACACAGAACCCAACUCCGGGGGGAAUGCAUUCCGAUUCCGAACGCGAGAACCGGAUCUUACCCAACAUCAAUUUUUUCUGAGGGAUGUCAAAUCCUAUUGUUAUCAAGGAUAUUGGUCCGGAUUCAAUGAUACCAAUUUCGUUACGACGCAGACACUCGUGGUGAUAUCUGAUUCAGUCGUUUGCAUAAAUUCCACCCUUCCUUCAUCCAUGUCUCUCAAGCAUUUGGGACCUUUGGAAACAACAACGACUUCUAUUUCAAUUUUUAAUGGAACCAGUCAUUCCGACUUGGGCGGAAUCGAGCGAACUUUUACUGGAUUGGCGGCCAACAAUUUUGGAUUUCUUCCCAAAUACCUCGUUCUCACGGGGGGAUCGAGUUGGACGGCGUUUGACGGGAACGAUUUUUCUGGCAACGCAACCUGCUACUCAUCCUCGCGCUGGGUAGACGGAAUAUACCCAAGAACGCCGAUAAGGUCCGUUGUUCAAGGAUGCGCAGCAAAAUUUGAUAAGGGGGAAAUUUAAUUUGCAAUUGUGCACAAUUUAAAAAUUUUGAUUUGUAAGAUUUAAAUUGCUCAAAUUAUGUGAUAUUUUGAAAUAAUUGGAUUUUGUGAAAUUUUGAAAAAUUUGUUAAAUUAUGUGGAAUUAAAAAAAUCUGCUGUACAUGUAUUCGACCUGAUCAUAGAAUAUUUUUGAAUUAGAGUAACUCAAAAAUAAGACAAAAAUUAUGCUAACAUAGUAUGUAAAAUAAAUCAUACCU